GUAUGGGGAAAUCUCCCCUCCUGUUUUUUUCCCCCAAACGUUUCAACGCAACUCUUCCAGUGAACAGGCUAGCACACAAAAUACCACAAAAAGUGAUUUUUAUAUUGAAGAGAAUCAUGAAAAAGAAAAACGAUUACCUUGAAUGGUUAAAAUAUUUAUGUGUCAAUUUCUGAUGCGAAAAAUAAACGAACGAAGCCUUCAGCAAACACACUCGCUAACCAUGCAAUAUGGGGCCCGUGCGACGUAUGCGGCAUGAACCACCCGGUGCAGACGUUUCCCCCCUCCAAUGGGAAAAGCACACGGUAACUUUAGUUGUUCAGGCGAGUGCGGUGAUCAUUACGUUGGUAACUGCUGAAGCGUUCGGUUGUCUUUUUCGUUCAGUGCUGUCGAAUAGUGAUUAAAGUUUGUCUGUUUGAUAAAUCUGUUUGUGCGCCAUAUCGUUCAAUCUUUAUUACGUGAUUUUAUUCGCAAGACGAGUGCUGUGUUAAACGGAAACGAAGUUUUAUACUAAUUGUGCUGGUGUCUGAAAACUUUAGUGAGAAGUUUAUCUUUUGUACAACAUACGAAGCGUCUUCCCGCUUUGCUAGAAGCCAUUUUGUGUAUUCUUUGAACGUGUUCCUCAAGCGAAGGAAUUGCCGUUGAAAGGUUCCAUUGUACUACGAUCCGUUCAAACCGCUCUAGGAGAAGCACACCAUAUAUGGCAAUGAAGCUUUGCAUGUAAUUCCAAAAAUCAGUAACAUCAGUGUGAACAGUAAUAGGAAGCUGUUGUUGGAAAUUUGUGCGACAACAGUCGCGUGCUGACCGAAAGAGGGAAAGGAAAUUUCCUACGUGGUUUUCUGGCAAGAAAGUGCUAGGUGUUGCUGAGAAUUUGUUUCGAGUGCGUUUGUGUGAUAUUUCAGCUGUACGCGGUACCAUUAGAUCUUUAGCGCGGCAAAAAUGAUGGUUCAGCAUAUAGGCGACGAGUUCGUUCGAUCGCAACAUACCAUUUCGAUUAAGGCGGGACUAGCGCGCCAAAUGCUUCCGUUAAGGAAAUUGAACGUUCCCAACAUGGAAUGGUCAGUAUGCGGUUCGUUCGAGAGAGGGGAAACCUCCAUUGGACUUAUUCUGGACUACUGCAACAACCAGAACCAAGGCACAUGGGCCGGCUUGCACUGUGAAUUUAUGAACCGAAAUGGUACAAUGGCGUGCCGCCAGACUAAAAUGUGCUUCCUGCGUCCGCAGGAGACCAUGUACCUCAAGGUGCGCCUUUUUCCGGAAGGCCACUACAAGCGCCGAUUGUUGUCAACCGGGCGCGAAAAUGUGCCGCCAGGAAACAUUUUUAUUCGCAUCACUACCACGUUGUUUUGUGGUACUUCGAAAUCACGCUUGGAAACUAUUCUCGCGCGAAACAAUUCCAUACUCCAAACCGUAGCCUGGCCAGCGGUCUCGGAUAGAGUGUUGCCAAAAGAGCCCGAUUUCAGUAUCGUGUUCCCAGACGGAAAGCAGUAUCGCCUGAACAAGGCUGUGACACUACGGAAGUUGGGUCCGCAGUCACCGUUGCACCAAUGGCACACGGAUUUUCCCGACAGCAAGGUAUUUGAGGCAGCUAUAAGUAUUCCGUUGCAAGAGAAGUCGCAGUUGUUCUUCUAUGAUUUUAUAGUUACUAGCUACAUACAGUGGAAGAGAUUUGAAUAUGACAUGCUGUACGAACUGCUGUACAUAGCAAAAUAUUUUAACUACGGUGCCCUGAUACGGUUGUGCGGGGUGCAACUAAUUCAUAUGUUGCGUAACCGGAUUGCUACAGUGAUCGAUAUGAUGCGUAUAGGUCAGUUAGAGCUGCCACUCAUUCAAAAUAUCCACGUAUGCCACCAAGUAACGACCAGAGUUCUCCCGGAGGUUGGUAACGCAUCUGAAAUGGUAAACGAUGAGGAGGAAUAGGAGGAGACCGCAGGAGUUCGUUCCAAAACUUCCAUCAAGCAUAGAGAUGCUAUUAUUACGUCUGAGAUACGUACAAAAGACACAGCACUGCCUGUAGUCGUAACUAUUUGAUUUAAAAAUCGAUCAAACUAUUUGAUUUAAAAAUUAAUAGUAAUAUUACGCUUGAAUAUGCUAAAUGAAUAGUGUACAAUUUAAACCAAUUUAGAACGAUCGGUGAUUUUGCCGUAGUUCAAUAUAAGCUCUUGAAAGUUUCAUUUCAUCUAUUUACAAAAGGAAUUUGAAUCAUCUUUUUUUUAUAGUUGAAACAUUUUUAUACUUUUUAUUCACUUUGUUCAGGGGAUUUAUAGUUUUCUGCGUUAAAACGCAUAUAUUGAAUUGGUUUUUGGCUGUUGUAUGAAUACCAUUUUUAUAUAAAUUUGCAUUACAUUAUUUACAUGAAAUUGAAGGUUAAACAAAAUGGUCGAUUAUUCGAAAAGCUUAGCAUAAAAUCCACAGGAUUAGGUUCGUACAUAUGAGCAAAGAAUAUUAAGCAAGACGAACACGGAGAUGUACAGGGGAUUUUGAUAGAAUUUUAUAGUUAUGUGUAGAUUGAUGUGCGAGGAAAUUCAAAACAACAGGAUUCAACAAGGAUAUACUAAUAACUUGAGUUCAUAAACGUUUGUUCUGGAGUAUUUUGCUAAUAUCAGCGUAUAGUUAUCACGUUAUUAAAGCAUUCAAAGUGCGGUGCAUCUUGAAGAACAAUUCGAAAAUGGAGAAUUUAUUAGGUGGAGGAUGGGUUACACGAUUUUAUUGCGCCUAGUGUAGGAUGGGUAAAACAAUACACAACAAUGCGAAUCCGUACAUACAAUUCAAAUUGUAUUGAUUAAGACCUUAGCGAGUUGAUGACCACUUGCCAACCGCGAUUUGCAGUCAGUACAGGAGAUAUAGUGUACCCAAAGCUACAUUAGAAUAAAGCUAGAAAUAUCCAGUUCGGAAGUGUAUCGUGUUAAAGGAU